GUGUGAAGGGACGAAUCUAAACUGCUCCCGGGCUAUACCGAGGCCCCCAGCCUGAGGGUACAUGGGGCAGUCUGCAACACCCUCAGCUACUAACACGCUCUAUCAACACACACGUGGAAUGAACAGGAGUUUGUAGUCAGGUACUUCUACGCAGUGUUAAAAGAUUGGACAAGCAUUUGGAAGUUUGGUGCUUCUGAAUAAAGCGAGAGGAGAGUAGACAGAUGUUUGUCUGUCAUACUUCUACCAGCAAACGGAUAACCGACACUUUGUAUGUGCCGUCUCCCGGGGACUGGGUGUCAUAACGUAGGUCUAAUGCGGGACCACUUCAAUGACAGACUACAUCAGAGUGCGCUACGAAAGAAGGUUGGAAUACCUUGUGAAAAACAAGGUUCUAUAAUCUUCGUUAACACAUACGCGUGGAGUUUGGCAACACCUAGUGGCCUGAGUUCAGUGUGAACUAUAACUCGCUAGCGCUCCACACAUGAUAGCUGUUACCUACGCAAUGGGAUUGGUUUAUGUCAAACGUUUUGCAUAACUGUCGGAAAUUACCUUAUGUUUAUGUGUCAGCGUUACCCUCAAUAGUCCUUGGGAAACAAAGCUGGUCUCAGGUGAGCGUUCGCCGCUGUCGGCACGGUUUGAAGUUUACGACGGACAGCUAUGUGCGAGACAGUGCGGGCCGAAAGGACAGCUGAGCCGGGACAAAGGGAUAAACCGAGAGACCGUCCCGCUCGACGGUCGGUGUGCCUGGGGUGAAACGAUUUGAGGGGUCAUAAACGAUUUUAGUGCGGUGUAAAUUGGAGCACAUGACAAUAUACGACCACAUAAUUCUACGGAAUGGGACACAGGACAGACCAUUGUAAGAAGAUUUAAUCAUUGUGUGUGAGUUACAACUAGCUGUUUGCGAAGUCCGACGUGGUAUAUAUACCAUACGUACAUCAACCGCUCCUCUCAAAAUGCCCUCAGUGUGCGAGUGCAGGCAAGGUAUAGGGAUUCAACCGAGGUGUUUUAUAUAAAAAAAAGUAUGACAGGCAAAAUAGCAAUGAUGACAGGCCUAGCAUUCACCUUUGGUGUGGUUGUAGGUGUGUUAUUUCAUCUGCCAGGGACGACUAGCCCGUCAACGUACAGAACUGGGUUUGACAAGGAGAGGUACGGCUCGCCCCGAAUUUUAAACGCCUGGAGGGAAGGCCUCUCUUCUGGGGAGAACCAACUCGCUGGCGGACAGUACUCUUCAAACAGUGACCGAAGAAGAAAUGGGUCUGGCUUCAGAAGUGACUCGGGUAUCCCAGGAAUUGUUCUGGGGUUGAAGAGAAUGCCCGAACCCUGGGAAGACAGCGUAAACACGGAUUACAAUGACAAGGGCUUUAUUCACAGUCGUAACAAGCCCAGGUCAAACAAUUCUGAAUCCGCAAACUCCGCGGUCAUCGGCAGCUAUCAUAACAUGGACUCAUUGGCAGCAGCAUCUCUGCUCAACGUAGAAGACACAGCAGUAACAACAACAACACGCUCAGGUGGCGGGAAAGAAAAAGAAGUUGUGCGCAGUAAGAUUAUGUCAGUUUUGAAAGACAUUAGAGUUGUGCAGCUGGAAACAGAUUCUCUUCUAAACGACAUCGCCAAGCGACGAUCUCAAUCUGGAAUAGACUUGGAUUCUGGAUACAGUAAUGAGGGUGUUCCAGUUCAGCGAACGGACUCCAGAUAUGACAGUAUUAAAUCGAGGAAAUCCGAGGAGGAAUCAUCAAAUAUUUUAGAUGAAAUCGCCGCGAAGGGAACACCCAUGGACAACAAUGUGCGGAAUAACAGGGCUAGGGAAGCUGUUGGCCUUGGGGAAUCGACACAAGGCGAGCUCCCAAGUGAUCGUCAACUGACUGACAAUAGAGUACGUCCCUCCGAGGAUCAGCAGAGCAAACCUGUUGACAUUGUCUCCGGCGUCUUCUGGUCGGAGGAAUUAGAAAACCUCUGUCCGAAGGGAUUCAGGGAUGAGGUGUACGACCAGUGGCGGGAGAAGAUGGCGGACACCAGCGUAGUGGCGGUUACAGAAGGGUGCGGUCGCAUGCAGAACCGUCGUCUGACGUUCCGGGAUUCGUCGACGGCCUGUGCGCGCUAUCGUCCCAACACUGACCAAAUCCAAGGGGAAAUCUACUCCUAUUACCUGAGUAGAUUAUUACGUAUUAACAACGUCCCUCCUUCCAUCCUCGUCCCGGUAAGAGUUUCAGACAAAAUCUGGGCUGGCGUUGGCCGUGAGAUCGCCAUGUCUCAUUGGGGGGAGGAUAAACUCGUAGUGCUCACGAAGUGGAUUGAUGGUCUGGAACCUGCCUACAUUCCAGCCGAAUUGAGGGGAAUGGCGAAAAGUAUCCACCCUCACGAUGUGCAAUUGCUUAAUAAAAGCAUUUCAGAAUUGUGCGAACUUGUGCAGUGGUCAGAUUUAAUCAUGUUCGAUUAUCUGACGGCAAAUUUGGACAGAAUUGUAAAUAACAUGUUUAAUCAACAAUGGAACUCUCAGAUGAUGUCUUUCCCCGCUCAUAAUUUGCAUAAAAUCAAAGACAGCAAUAUCCUUGUUUUUCUUGACAACGAAUCUGGCCUGUUCCACGGCUAUCGUUUGUUGGACAAAUAUUCCAAGUAUCACGAGGAAUAUAUAUCUUCUCUGUGUGUGUUCAGAGAACGGACUGUUCGCGAAAUCGAGAGAUUGUUUCUGGACGAUAGCCUUGAGCGCGAACUCAACCAGCUGCUGAAUUCAAACGAAUCUCAGGAGGAAAAUUUACCACCGAUGCCAGAUAAAAAUAUUCAGAUUUUAAAACAACGCCUACAGGACGUUUAUGAACAGAUUCAAAAGUGUCAAAGAAUUACCCAGAGAUAGUAUCUUCUUAAUUUAACCUUUUCUUAAAAUUCUAUGGAAUAUUAUUGUGGACUCGUACAUUGACACAGUGUGACAUUCCUGGAAAUUGGAAAAUGUGUUGGGCGCACAUGUCAUGUGAAAAGUGCUAUGUACAAUCUAUAAAGGAAAUCAUGAUCACGUCGAUCUCUUUUGUAUGCACAUGUACACAAUUCUGUAAGGAGACAACCCUUUAAAGACGCAAAUUCUGGACAUUAUCUGGUAAUAUCCACUCCAGUAAUUAAGAAUCUUUCUUAUUGUUAAGAUGGCAGUCUCUAUUACAUUAUCAAUCUGUUCAUAUUCUUGUCAUCCAGGUGUGUUCUGAUUCUUUGUGUCACAGCACGAAAUUAUAGAGUAAGCCUGCUGACUUUGGUAUAUACUAUUACAGUAUCUGAAUUAAAGACAUGGUGAAGAUAUUUGUUUGUACAGGAAUUACAACAAAUCACUUCAUAAUUUCUUGGAAUUUUUUUUACCAUCUAAUCGCUCUGCAGUUUGGACUGUAGUACACAAUGGCGAUCAGUGGGUGAAAAUCAUCAGAAGCUGUAUAGGAGAUUUACUAUAAAUCAUAAAAAAUUAUAUAUAGCAGGGUGAUCAGUUGAUGAAACAUCCCAUAAAUGUAUAGGUUAUUUACCGUGAUACUUGUGAAGUACAGCCCACAGUUGUCUCACAGAAAGUGGGAUUUUGCUCGUUUUAGUAAUUUCAAAAGGACAAACUUGUGCAACAUACCUUCCUCGACUCAAUGAGUUUAUGCCUAUGUACAUGUGAGGAAUGAUUGCCAACGUAAAUCGUCAGCAACUUUCGUCAGUGACACAUGGGAGUAAGAAUGCAGCAAGUUCGUGCAAAUGACUUAUUUUCAUUCAUGAUUGCAUGAGUACAUGGAACAUUUUUCAGGAUUUGAACCCACUCAAAUUCUGUUACUGUGCUAUAAAACAUUUGCAUACAAGACACAUGGUGUCGUAAAAUAAAAAGUGACACAUUUUUGUUCAUCUGUA